CAUCAAAUCUGCGUGUUUCCAUAUAAACGGAGCUCCUCGUUUCCGUGUUCCCCAGAAUCGUCCACAUUCACGUAAACCAAACACCUGAAGACCUCUCUCUCUCUCUCUCGCUCGUUUUUUUCGUUUCGUUUCGUUUCAGUAUUCAAUGGUGAUGGAGGAAACGGAGAGCUGUGGGAGUAGGGCGCACGACACGUUGGCGUCGUCGCCGGCGCGGACUCGGCAGCAGAGGCAGAAGCUUGAGGUUUAUAGUGAGGUUCUCCGUCGCCUCAAGGAUUCGGAAAAUACGGAGACCACCCAACCUGGCUUCGAAGCCCAGCUUUGGGCUCACUUCAAUCGCCUCCCCGCUCGGUAUGCGCUGGAUAUGAAUGUACAGAGGCCAGAAGAUGUUCUUAUGCAUAAGAGAUUGCUGCAUUUGGCUCACGAUCCCACAAAUAGCCCUGCGAUUGAAGUCCGCCUUGUGCAGGUUCAUUCAGCUUCUGAUGGGAAUCAGCUGGAUUCUGUACAUUCAGAUUUUCCUGGUGAAGAAGCUGCCCAGAGUUCUCUAAACUGCUCUAUCAGAAAAGGCAUACAUCCACCUCCUGCCUUUGGUUCAUCUCCUAACCUUGAAGCACUUGCACUUGAAGCAAAUACCUCUCAUGCUCAAGAUGAGGAACAUUCUGUACAUGCCAGUGCCUGGUUGUCUCAGCCCAUGCAUGAAAUCACCUUCUCAUCAGAUGACAAGCCCAAACUCCUUAGUCAGCUGACUUCCUUGCUUGCUGAGAUGGGACUAAACAUCCAAGAGGCACAUGCUUUUUCAACAGUAGAUGGUUAUUCCUUAGAUGUCUUUGUUGUUGAUGGUUGGCCUCAUGAGGACACGAAGCAGCUUAAAACUACUCUGGAAAGGGAAAUCUUGAAAAUUGAGUGGCAGGCUUGGCCAAAUGCUCGAUCAUCACCUCCUGUUAGUGAGCUUGAUCAAACAGUUAUCAAAUGUGAAUCUGAUUAUUUGAAAAUACCUAAUGAUGGGAUUGAUGUAUGGGAGAUUGAUCCUGAGCACUUGAAAUUUGGAAACAAAAUUGCAUCUGGGUCAUACGGUAAUCUGUACAAAGGUACGUACUGUAGUCAGGAAGUGGCUAUCAAAGUUCUCAAGCAAGAGCAUGUGGAUUCAGAUAUGCAGAGAGAGUUUGCACAGGAAGUCUUUAUUAUGAGGAAAGUUCGACAUAAGAAUGUUGUACAAUUCAUAGGUGCAUGUACCAAGCCUCCAAGCUUGUGCAUUGUAACAGAGUUUAUGUCUGGCGGAAGUGUCUAUGACUAUUUGCAUAAACAAAAGGGUGUUUUCAAACUUCCGUCCUUGGUCAAAGUAGCAAUUGAUGUUUCCAAGGGAAUGAACUACUUGCACGAAAAUAAUAUAAUCCACAGAGAUUUGAAGGCUGCUAAUCUUUUAAUGGACGAAAAUGACGUUGUUAAGGUAGGUGAUUUUGGUGUUGCAAGAGUAAAAGCUCAGUCUGGGGUUAUGACUGCAGAAACUGGGACAUAUCGGUGGAUGGCUCCUGAGGUUAUAGAACACAAGCCAUAUGAUCAUAAGGCUGACGUUUUUAGUUUUGGAGUUGUGUUAUGGGAGUUGCUUACUGGAAAGCUCCCAUAUGAAUACUUAACCCCAUUGCAAGCUGCUGUUGGAGUGGUUCAAAAGGGUUUACGGCCUACCAUCCCAAAGCACGCCCACCCAAAGCUUGUGGAGCUGCUUGAGAGAUGCUGGCAGCAAGAUCCGGCACUAAGACCGGACUUCUCUGAAGUUAUAGAGAUCCUGCAGCAAACAGCCAAGGAGGUUGGGGACGAAGGAGAGGAACGGCGCAAGGAUAAGUCAUCCAGAGGGUUCCUAUCUGUUCUUAGACGGGGCUAUCACCAGUGAAGAGAGGUACAUAGAAAUUAUUGUGCAGACACUUAUUGUCACAUUAUUCAUCGGUAUGUACAGUAUAUUCUCCGCAUUAUCCUUUUUU